CUAGAUUCUUUUAUUUGUUUGUUUUGGUGGGGUUACAAAACUCACUUUUUUCCCCUCCCUCUCCUCCACCCACCUUUCCCACAGCCAACGCCCAAUUUCACUGGGUAUUACUUGUGUCCAGGGGUGUAUGGGGUGCUCAGGGAGGGGUACUAUCUCUGGUAUGGAGGGCUUGUCGUGCCCUCCUAGGGCAGCUCUCCAGCCUCUGACCCUCACCUGACACCCAGCUCUCCCUUGUGGCUCCCAGUAGCUGCUAGCAUGCGGCAGCGGCCACACCCCGGGCAACGGCUUCGACAGGCCGGCUAAACCUUGUGAGGGUAGCCAUUGGGUCAUUGACCCCUGGUGAACCAGGGCUUUGCUCACCCAGCAUGUGAAGACUGCUUCGGCUGAACAGAUGGAAGAAACCAACAAGAAGGUUCAACGGCUGAGAGGGCGACGCAGCAAAGCACUGUGGAGUGCUCAGGGCGUGUUGGAGCACAAAAGACAACACGGCCAUCCAAUGCAGCUGAGGAAGUCUCCAGGUGUAACGACUUUUCGUGCCACUGGACCCAGGCUUCCAACACCGAGAGAGUGGGACUGUCUCUGUGUACCGACUUUUCCACUUAAAUCUCCUUCACGCACAAGUGUCUUUGUGCACAAAAACACACAAAGACAAUCGUCAUCCUCGGUUACCGAGAAACUACUACUAACUACUUGUGUCCUUGAUCAGAACCUAUUUCCAUGUUGUUGCUUGCACCAGGAUGUUUAUUUAGAAAGACGAAAGUCUCUAGAAACCGGGAUGGAGUCCCAAAUCACAGAGUCCAGAGCCUGGAGUCAAGAAGACCUUAGUUCAAAUUGAACCUCAGGCCAUGUGACCUCAGGCAAGUCAUUUAACCUCUGUCUUGGUUUCUUCAACUCUAAACUGGGGAUAAGAAGAGUUCCCUUGUUGUGGGGAUCAAAUGUGACAAUAUUUGUAAACAUUUAGCACAACGCCUGGCACCGAGUUGGUGCCUAAUUGGUUCCUCUCUUAGCCCCUAAGCCUUUUCUGAGGAAAUUGAGCCCAUUUGGUCUGAGUUCCUUAUUCUUCCAGAUGCCACCUUUCCCAAAGCUCUUGAAUCCAACCCCAGUGCUCUCCUCUCCCAUCUCUGCGGAAAAAGUAAACCCUUCUGGACAAUGCCUGCCUCCCUACUCGUGCCCGAGAUCCCAUUCCAUCGAGUGUCCUCUUCAUCUCCCCUCCACUGUUACCCACAAAUGGGCCGAAGCCGCUUCCAUCUAAAAAGUGCUUGGCUAAAGCCUGACAUUGCCCACUCCGUUCUUUGGCAUUUCUCCUCAUUCAGAGCUAACUCCUAGGAAGGCACGCUACACGUGCUGCGUCUCGGGCCUUUUCUCUCACUCAGUUCUAACUUGUCCUUCUCCAAUAUGGCACCCAAUUUUAUUCAACUGAAACCACUCCCCAGCCUGGCCAAUGGCCCAUCUUAACUGCCGCGUCCUGGGCCUCUUCCUGCCCAGUCCUAAUCGGCCAGGACUGCCUUCUGCUCCUGGAUCAUCUCUCCUCUCCUUCCAGGUUCCCCCUGAUGCUCCUCCCUCCUCUCUGUGGUGUCCUCAUCCAGAUUUCAGCCCCCCUUUGGGAGGGUCCAGGAGGGUCCUUCUCUGGCCUGGGGCAUCGUCUAUUCUCUCACUACACUUUCACAUGGUUUAUCAAAUGAGAUAUUGGUAAAGUGCCUAGAACACUGCUUGACCCAUAGUAGGUGCUCAGGAAAUGCUUCUUCCCUUCCCUCCUCUCCUUGUCUCCCCGCGGCCUCCUCCCAGCCUCAGCACAAAUUUCCCUCCCCAGGAGCCUGUCCUGCCCUCCCCAAGGCUGCUUUCCCCCCAGCGGGCCUGGGGGCUCUCAGAGGGCAGGGACUGUCCCCGGCCUUGUCGCCCCAGCACAUCGCAGCCAGGGAAUAAAUGUUUGUUGACUGACAUUCGUGCUUUUCCAAAUCCUUCAUUCCAUGGGGGGGAGGGGAAGAGGGGGGGGCUUUACAUGGACCUGGUUUAGCUGAAAAAACAGAACUGAGUCCCAAAUCAGCAGGUUCCUUUGGGAUCCUGUUUCAUACACUCUGCCAGGACAGUAAAGGGUGCCUGCUCUGGUCCCCAGCCUGGGGCUGUCCUAGAGUCACCGAGGGAGAGCUGGGAGGGCCUCUGGCCUGUCCCCUCCUUGCUAGGAGAGGAGGCUGGCCCUACCCCUGGGAAGUCCUGGCCAAGCAGCCCUCAGAGAAUGCCUCUCCCGGUGCUUCUGCCUUCAUGUGUCAGGGCAUCAGGUCUGUGGCCUGCCCCACGUUACGGGGAAACCGAAGGGUAGCACCAUCCAGUUCCAUUCUGAGUCCCACAAAGCCCAGCCUGGCCACUGCCCUCCCCUCACCCAGAUCAUGUCCAUUUUACAGUUGAGAUGACUAAGGCCCAGAGAGGGCAGGUGACUUUCCCAAGGUCUCACAGUAGGGCCAGCAUUCUCCAGUUCCCCUCUCUUAGCUAUAGGUGAGAAGCUGAGGGUCUGGGAGGGGAGGAGACUUGCUUAGGAUCCCACUGAGAGUAAGUAUUGGAGCCAAGGGUACCCUCAAAAGACCCUCCUGCAACCCUCCUUUGUCUCCUUCCUGUCCAGGGCCAUAGGUGACCCGGAAUAACAUCUUGGUAUUGUUCUAGUUCCCAAGCAACCUCGGUGCCAGCCUUAAGUCCCACACAGGCCCACAGAAGGGAGAGGGCAUCAGGCCUGGGAGGGCCUGUGGUUUGGUCCUUCCAGAGCCUCCUGUGCCAGCUCAGAGGUGCCCAGGGCCUUAGGGCAGAGGGAGAGGAAGGCGAGCUGGCCUCAGGGAGUCUCAGGCUCUUUAAUACCCGGGGAGGUCCCUGGGGCCAGGCCAUGGGCCUCCCUCCCUCAGAGCCUCAGUCUCUUUUGUGAGGCAGGAUUGCUCCUGUUCUGCCUGCUAGGGCUUUACAGAGCAAAAUCUAUCUCUUCCCUCAGUGGCUGCCCAUCAUCCCAGAUUGUUGCACAAACUCAGCAUGGGGACUUGGCUCACACGUGGGUAAAUGUAACUUUGGGGGGCACUCAGUAGGCUGGGCAGUCCAGAAGCACUGGGUGCCUGCCCUGCACCAGGCACUGAUUGACAAAGAAUAGCCAAAGACUGGCCUGACUGAAAGAUGCCGAACCCGUAAUCCUUCCUGAUUGCAUCCCAGUCAGUGGAUGAGCUCCCUGUGCAGCCCUACGGGCCUCCUGGGAUAAAUCCGGCCGGUCCUCCGUAUCUGAGCAGCUUCCCUUCGUGUCUCCACUCUCCUAGGCUCAGGGGUGGGAGCCUCCCUAUUUAAAGCAGGGGUUCCGAGGCCGCUGCCCACCCUCAGCCAUUUCUCCUGGAAAGUUUCUGACCUUCCACUUCUUUCCCUCUUGGGAGGACAGCAGCUCCUUUCUUCUUCGGGCUUCUAGUUCCGGCAAGCUUGGAGCAAAUGUUUUACUUCCUGAUAUCCAUGUGCCCUUCUCCUCCCUCCCCAGCCCGGGGCUGCAGACGCAGGUCAUCUUCUCUUGGCUCCUUUAAGUCCUUCUUCUUUUCUUCCCUGUGGAACCUUGGCUUCCACAGUUUCUGGCCCAUCUCUGGAGGAUGGAGAGUUGUUCCUCGGCUCCUCCAUCUCCUCCAGGGGAGUAGCCAGGCUUUUCUCUGGGGAAUUCUCUUCUCCGACACUCAGAAGGUUGAAGGCCUUGGUGCCCAUCAUGAGCCCUUGAGGCCACGUGGUUCCCCCUCUGCUGCUUAGGAGGCUGCGUGCUCUGAGACGCCAGGGAGGAAGACUGCCAUUUCUGCAGCAGCUGGGCUCUUGGCCUUUACUCACACUAAUCUCUCAUUAGCCCUCCACCUCUGUGGUUGGGGCAGAAUGCUGGUUACCAGCAGGAAGCUUGGGGUAAAGAAACAGCAUAUUCCCCUGCCUCUAAUAGAUGGGGCCAGGAGAGAAGUGGGGAAGGAGCACACCUCCCCUCAGCCAAGGAAACAGGAGGUGAGGUUCACAGAGCGAUGAAAAGAGCUUCCUCAAACUGACUGAAGAGGUUCUGUAGGAAAAGAACUCGGGUCUCCUUCGCUUAUUAAGCCACUCCGCGAGUGGAAAAGGAAGACGUGGCUUAGAGUUCCCAAAGACGAAGGAAACUCAAAAAGCAGCAGACUCGAUGGGAUCUCGGCCGGGAGCCUAGCCAGGGCAGGGAUGCACAGGAAUUCUCCCCCGAGUCAACCCCCACCUGGUACUAGCUGGGGCGUCAUCCUUCAGGGAGGCUGUUGGGGCAAACCACAGCAGCUGGCACAGGGAUCAGAGGCCAGCAGGGCCCAACGGGGAGGCCAUGGUGGGAGUGGAGUAAAGGAAAAGUUGUCCCGACCCCCAGAAUCAGUCCAUACCUGGCGCCCUGAUAUCCCAGGACUGUGGGAAGCCAUUGGCCUGACGGGCCUCGAGCUGCCUCCAGCUCACUCUGCUUAGCUCUCUGGACGCAUCUGGCUAGCUGGGGCUCAGAGCACAGGAUCGGGGUUUGCCUACAGUUGGAAAGGCUGAGGCCGUUCGCUUCCUUUCUCCGGUCUGCUGCUAAGCCUCCAGCCAUUGUCCUUUGUGACAGAGACAAGGGUGGCCCCAGGACAGUCUGUGCUGCACCCAUUCACCAGAGCCAAGCCUGGAGGGCCCGGAGAACAUGGGUUGGGGCUGCCAGGAAUCCCAGGCUUCUCGGCCUACAGGGCCACAGUGCUUGGUUGGCUCAUGGCAAGACCAAGAGGCGGCCCAUUUCCCUGAAGGCUGAGUCAGUGAAGGCCUUCGGGGCCCCUUGGCUGGUGAUGAAGAUGGACAGAGCCGGCCUCAAAGGAGGAGGGGGUGGGGGAAGCUGCCUGCAGUUGGCCCUGGGGAUGGACUAAGAGGCCCUGUGCCAUACCCAGGAGGGGUCAGAGCCUUCGUCUUCUCUCCCAUAAGCCUUGCCUGAGGAAUGCCUCUGCCCAGAAACUGCCCUUAGCCCUGAGUUCGAAUCCAGCCUCACAGCGCCCUACCUCUGUUUCCUGGAUAAUAGCGCCUCCCUCAGUGGGGAGGCUGGUGGAGAAGCCACAAGAGGCUGCGCCCAAGCCUGCACCCGCCAGUUUAGGCGGUGUGGGAGGGCCCCGGAGGCUGGGAUGUCCCUGCGGUCCGAGAAGGGGCUCGGGAUGGGGCCGACGAUUCCAGCCCAGCGCGAUCCCGGGAGAGGGGGUUCUCCGAGGUCUGAGACGAGGAAAGGGAAGGGGCUUCCCGAACCAGGGCCGGGAGGAGCCGGGGCGCCUGGGGGAGGGGGCCGGGGUCUCUAGCGCCGGGGGGAGGGGCGUAUGCCGAAAGCUGAAGCCCCACAGGGGGCCUGAGGCGGGCCCCACCCCAGGACCCCGCCCACCCGGCUAGGCAGUGGACUCCAUUUCCCAGAAGGCUAAGCGACGCUAGAUUUCGUCACUUCCGGCGCGUCCGGCCUCCCGCAGUCCUGCGCGUUCUCGCGGCUUCCUCCAUUACACUCCUUUCCACAGCUGUCGCUGGGGCCUAGGCCUCGGGCCGAGUUCGGGGCCCGGCCCUCCGAGGAUUCGCUCCCCCCAGCGUGCCGCGGGACCACGAGGGCAGAAUGGCCGCCGGGGCCCACCAGGGCUCGGUGACGUUCCGGGACGUGGCCGUGGACUUCUCCCCCGACGAGUGGGGGCGCCUGGGCCCGGCCCAGAGGGAGCUGUACCGGGAGGUGAUGCUGGAGAACUACCGGAGCCUGGCGUGGCUGGGGCUUGCCGGUUCCUGUCCGGAAGUGGUCUGCCAGCUGGAGCGAGGGGCGGGGCCCUGGCUGCUGGAGGGGGACGGCUUGGCCAGCGGAGGCCCUGAGGCGGUUUGGGAAAUUAGACUUGAAACUAAAGAAUCAACUUCACAUUUGAGACUUUCAAUGCAAGAAUCAUCUGAAGAAAGAUUCCAAAGGGAAAAUCCCUGUGACUCCAACUGGGGAGAAGCCUGGGAAUGUGGUGCUAGUUUAGAGAGGCAGCAGGAUAGUGAGAAGAAUGUCCCUAAAUAUGGUACACACAGAGAGGGCAAGUAUAAUGAAUGUGGGAAGUCCUUCAGUUGCAUGUCACAUCUCAUGGAGUAUAAGCCAGUUCAUGCUGGAGGGAAAUAUGAGUAUAAGGAAUAUGGGAAGGCCUUCUCCAAGAAUUCACAGCUUAUUGAACAUAAAAAAAUUCAAAGCACAGAGAAGCAUUGUGAAUGUAAAAUAUGUGGGAAGUCCUUCUGCCAAUGUGCAGAGCUUGACCAACAUCAGAUGAUUCAUAAUAGAGAAAAAACAUGCAACAACUAUGAAAAAGGCUUCCAGCAGAGCUCAGCACUUAUUCAACAUCAAACUGUUCAUUCUGGAGAGAAACCUUAUAAAUACAGUGAAUCUGAGAAAAUUUUCAGUACACAAUUUAUAAGACAUCAACAAAUUCAUACUGGGGAAAAGCCUUAUGAAUGUAUUGACUGUGGGAAGUCCUUCCAUCAUAGAACAGGACUUAUUGAACAUCAGAGAAUUCAUAGUGGGGAGAGAGCUUAUGAAUGUUAUGAAUGUGGGAAAGCCUUCUGCCAGAAACCAGGUCUUAUUCAACAUCAGAGAAUUCAUACUGGAGAGAAACCUUAUGAGUGUAAGGAAUGUGGAAAGGCUUUCUGUAGGAAUUCACAGCUUACUGAACAUAAGAGAAUUCAUACUGGAGAGAAACCUUAUGAAUGCAGCGAAUGUGGGAAGGUUUUCCGACAACGCUCAAAGCUUACUAGACAUCAGAUAAUUCAUACUAGAGAGAAAAUUUACAUAUGUAGUGACUGUGGGAAAGCCUUCCACCAGAGUUCAGCACUUAUUCAGCAUCGGACAAUUCAUACUGGAGAAAAACCUUAUGAAUGUAAUGAAUGUGGAAAGGCCUUUAGCCUAAGCACACGAUUAUUUAUACAUCAGCGAAUUCAUACUGGAGAGAAACCUUAUGAAUGUGUCAACUGUGGGAAGGCCUUCCAUCAUAGAACAGGACUUACUGAACAUCAGAGAAUUCAUACUGGAGAGAGAGCUUAUGAAUGUUAUGAAUGUGGUAAAGCCUUUUGCCAGAGAGCAGGACUUACUCAACAUCAGAGGAUUCAUACUAGAGAGAAACCUUAUGAGUGUAAGGAAUGUGGGAAGACUUUUUGCCAGAGAAUAGGACUUACUCAACAUGAAAGAAUUCAUACUGGAGAGAAACCUUAUGAAUGUAAUGAAUGUGGGAAGGCCUUCCGAGUGAGAACACAGCUUACUCAGCAUCAGAUUAUUCAUACUGGAGAGAAACCUUAUGAAUGUAAUGAAUGUGGAAAAACUUUCUGCCAGAGCUCACAACUCACUAGACAUCAGAUAAUUCAUACUGGAGAGAAACCAUAUGAAUGCAAUGAAUGUGGGAAGGCCUUCCGCCGAACUGCAGGGCUUAAUCGACAUCAGACAAUUCAUACAGGAGAAAAGCCUUUUGAGUGUAAAGAAUGUGGGAAGGCCUUCCGCCUGAGUACAGCACUUACAGAACAUCAGAGAAUUCAUACUGGAGAGAAGCCUUUUGAAUGUAAUGAAUGUGGAAAGGCCUUCCGUCUGAGCAUAGGACUUACUGAACAUCAGAGAAAUCAUACUGGAGAGAAACCAUAUGAAUGCAUUGAUUGUGGGAAGGCCUUUAGCCAAAGUACACAGCUUAAUCGACAUCAGAGAAUUCAUACUGGAGAAAAACCAUAUGAAUGUAAUGAAUGUGGGAAGGCCUUUGGCCAAAAAUCACAUCUUACUCAACAUCAGACAGUUCAUACGGGAGAGAAGCCUUAUGAAUGUAAUGACUGUGGAAAAGCCUUUAGUCGAAGCACAGGUCUUACUGGACAUCUGAGAAUUCACACUGGAGAGAAACCUUAUGAAUGCAAUGAAUGUGGGAAGACCUUCCGCCUAAAGACAGGACUUGCAGAACAUCAGCGAAUUCAUACUGGAGAGAAACCUUAUCAGUGUAAUGAAUGUGGGAAUAACUUUCGCCUGAGCAAACAGCUUACUCAGCACUACAGAAUUCAUACUGGAGAGAUACCUUAUGAAGGUAAAGACUUACGAAGGUAGUAAAUGUAUGAUUUUCAACCUUAAGUACCCACUUUACCAAAAACUAAUGAUUUCAAACAAGAGAAAUCUUGUAGAGGAACCAAAUUCUAUUUCCCUCAGAGAAAUUUCCAAACUUAAAGAUUCCUACUUUUAAGAAAUAUCACAAUCUAAUGAGCUCAUGCUUCUUUUCCUUAGUCACAGAAGAAGGGUUAUUCCUGCUUCCUGAUAAUGCUAUUCCUUUUUAAGAGUCUUAGAUCUUAUGUCUCUCCCUCACACUCCAUGUCCAGUCAGUCAACAGGUCUUGUCAGUUCUACUUUCAUUACCUGUUUUAUGUUGUCCCCUUCCACUCAAGUCAUUUGACUACUUAGUUCCAGGACUCCUCAUUUGUCCACAAGUCCUAUGGAAUAAUCUCUCAGUUGGUUCCCUGUUUCCAGUACCUCCUUGGACCCAUCUGUACACCACAAAUUGUGCUGCUAAAAUGAUCCCUUAGAGUAAGAGUCUGGUCCUGACACAAGUCUGUUCAUGGGUCUUCAGUAACUUCUUGUUCCCUCCUAGGCGAAAUAAUUUCUUUUUGGGACCCUUAAAGCCCCAUCCUGUCUUUCUAGAUUAACUUCAUAUUUGUUCCCCUUUACAUACUCUAUAUUCCAACUGCAUUGGCCUCCUUUCUCUUCCAUGAAGAUAAGAUCCCAUCACCUUCCUUUGUGCCUUUGCACAAACUAUAUCUCCUAUUCCUGGAAGGUUCUCCUUCCUCAGCCUCCUGGAAUCCAAAUCUUCUAUCAAGGCAAACUCUGGCUUCUAUACUCAGCUUUUCUUAGUCAUCUCAGUUUUAUUUCCAUGUUUUGUGCCAAAUCUCCCUACCAUACCCCAACCACAUGGUACAUAUUUUGUACUUGUGUGCCUGGUGCCUCCGAUCAGAAUUUAAUUGAUCUUGACAAAAUCCAAGAAUGUAUUAGAAGUAGCCAUCUUGUUUUACUAUGAAAUGACACAGUGUUUGGUAUCAUAUAAUUUAUUGUUACCCAAUAAGAACUGCUAAAGUUGACCCUAUAUUUAGCCACCAGAUCUAUCCAAUGGCCUCUACCCUUGAAUCCUUCCUCAUCCUAUUAUUGCUUCUCAUGUCCUGUUAAUCCUGAGACUGAUCCUUAGGGUACCCCAGUGCUCCUGGAGAAAGUCACACUACUUUGUCAAGUGGGUCCCUACUAUGUUCUCUGAUCUCAGUUGGGCCUUCACUGCUUCCCACUCAUACUUCUAGUCAUCCCAGGUUGACUCUAUUCUUGCUGUCUGUUCCAAAUUUAUUCACCUUUCACUCUAGCUCAGCCAAGAAUCUUGUUGGCUCCUUUACUAUGAAAAAAAUAGAGGCUGUGUAUUAUGACUGUCCUCAUCUCUCCAGUUUCACCUCCUAAAACUGCUUCUUGUCAUCCAACAUUCCUCCUCUGCUCUAGUCUCUGAUGAACAGAUGGCAAUUCUCCUUGUCAGGGCCCACUUCAAUCAAUAAACAUUUAUUAAACGCCUACCAUCUGCCAGUACAAUGCUAAGUGCUGAGUUACAAAAAGAGGUAAGACAGUCCCUGUCCUCAAGGAACUUGCAGUCUAAUGAGGGAGACAACAGGAAGCGAAUUUAUGCAAAGCAAGCUGUAGAUAGGUUAAAUAGGAAAUAAAAAACAGAGAAGGCACUAGAAUUAAGAAAAGUUAAGAGUCUUUUAUCUGAUGCUUUCCCAUCUCUUCAGGGAAACUGCUGCUUUUCAAGGAUAUCUUAUUUCUUAUCUUCAGUUUGCCAUCGUAACUUCUUUUACCCUGCUGCUUGCAAACAAUCCCAGGUCUCAUCCUACCUUGAGCCAGCCAUUACCUUAUGUCUUUCUUCCCUUGUACAGCCAAAUUCCCAGGAAAACAUGCCUCUUGCCCAUUGUCUCCAAUUCCUGCCCCCCCCACUCAUUUCUUUGUAGCUCUUUGUAGAUCCUUCUCCCUUUUGAUCCUUCCAUUUUCCUGAAAGCUCUUUCUUCAGGGUUCCCUACCAGUGAUAUCUCUAUAAUAGUGAUAGUAAUGAUAACCACUGGCCUUUCUAUACCACUUCAAAGAAUAUCAGUCAUCUAAUGUGAUGCUUACAACCAGCCUGUGAAGCUGGAACAUCCCCAUUUUACCAAGGAGGAAACCAAGGAGUCGCGAUUGAGAAGCUUGCUGCCUGACCCAGGGGCAUGUAGCCAAAGGUCAUAUGGCUCAUAAUGGCCCUCUUUGCUUCCAGCUCCAGUUCAUUGUCCACACAGAUGUCCAAAUCUUCAUAGUGCACAGACCUGACCAUAAUAGGCCCUUGCUCAGGAAUCUUGAGUGGUUCCCAGUCACCUCCAAGACAAGUCAAGUAGUCUAACCUAGCAUUUAAAGCCUUCCACAGUGUGACUGAUAGCAGCUGGCCUUUCAGAUUUACUUUUCAUUUAUAUUAGAGGGUUCAGAGGUUUACUUGGAAGCAGGAGAGGUUAUCAACCUUACCUCCAUUUCCCCAAUAUUUAAUAACAAAUGUUUGAUUCUGUGACCAGUCUGUAGCCCAGAAUAAAGAUGAAAUAUGGUUUAUUCACAGACAUACAUUUCUGAAGCCAUAGACAAUGGAAUGAAAUCUAGGACCCAAUGGGCUGACAUUCAAGGCUCCUAAUUAGGGUUCUUUACCCUUGCAACUGAGGGAACAUUUUGGGAGGCAUUGUGUUCUCUAGCAUCAGGCAAGUUGCUGAGUCUACUGAUAUGUGUCAAUAGCUGGAGUGUAGAUCCAAGUAGAAAGCAGAAGUCCAAAGAUAAUAAUGUUAGUAGUAAUAAUUAUAACUAACAUAGAGUGCUCAAGGUUGGCACGGUACUUUUCAGAUGUUAGGUGAUCCUUACAACAACCCUGGGAGCUAGGUGCUAUUAUCCCCAUCUAACAGAGACACAAUUAGUGAUUGGCAGGAUUAGCACUAAAAUCUUCUUGAUUUGAAGUCCAACAGUAUUCAUUGUACCAUCAUCAUGUCCUCUGCAGGCUGGAUGAACAAACCUUCUGUGCCUUUAACCAUGUCACUAAUAAAUGUUAACUCAGGACCAGGCCCAGCUCUUGGGGAUACUCCAUCAUGGACUUCUUGUUGACACUGAACCAUCAGCAUCUACUCUUUUAGUCCCAUCAUCUAACCAGUUAUGAAUUUGUCUGAUUGUAUGAUCAUCCAGUCCAGAUUUCUCCCAUUAUCUUCACUAGAAUAAUGUGAUAUAACUUAUCAGAAACUUUGCUAGUAUCUGGGUAGAACUCACACACAUCCUUUCCCUCAUCUCUUAGCUUGGCCAUCCUGUCAGAAGGGAGAUGAAGGUACUCUCUCAGGCUUAAUUUUUUCUUAGUGAAGCCACACUGGCUUCCCCUUCUAGAUAUCUGCCAUCAUCUCGUUAACAAUCCUGACUUUUAGAUGACAAGCUCCAUCCUCUUCCUAUCUUUGGAAAUCAUCUCUAGUCUUCCAGUCCUGCAAUCUUUCUGAUGCUGGUGACAGUGACUGUUCAGUGACAUUCUCCAGCUCAGUGUUCCACUAGUAGUUCCUUUAGUCCCUCUAGUCUCAGUAAAGGGUCAUUUUUGUUGCUAAAGAAAAGAGGAGCCGAGCAGGUCUCCCUUCUCAUGGCUGGCAGCUACUCUCAUCCUCUCCAUAUCCCAGGUAAAGGUUUAGGCCCUCUUGGUUCUUUUUUUUCUCCUGAGAAAACUUUCCAGAGAAGAAUCCAAACACUUUUUGCCAUCAUCUGCAUCCCUCUGGCCUCAGGUCUUUCUAGAUGGUAGCAUUCCUGGUGCCAACUGUCUUACAGUCUAGCAUUCAUCAUCUCUUACCUGGCCUUGCUUCCAUUUUCUCUUCAUUUCUCUGCAAAAUUUACAUUGUUUGGAAUUUCAUUCUUGAGCACCUCUUAUCCCUCCUGGGCCAAUUGUUUUACUCUGUGGGGUCUCCCUGUUGUUUCUUUGAACUCAUUAAAAUCUGCUUUCCCCAUUUCCUUCCAUUUGAUCAUAAAUGCCAGGACAGAGUGGGCUUUUCCUCUCCCCCUGCCCAGGCUUCCACCAUUUCCACCCCAACAACCAGUUACUACUUGUUAAUGAACGUCAGGUACAAAAUAGAAUGCCCCCUUGGUGCUUCCUCUACCUUCUGCAGUAUGGAAAUGUUGAGGCAAGCCAAGAUGUCAUUAGCUGCUUUGCUCUUGAUACAGAGACGGAGGGGAGAGAGAACUCCAGCAGCUCCCCAGGUAUUAGAAGACACCCUCCCCCACCCCCGCUGCUUCUGAUUGGGCUGGGCUUGGUAUCUGUUCCCAAACCCUUUGUCCAUCCCUUCCGUCUUUCCAGGCAGGACACGAGGUACACCAUGGACAAAAUCACUUCUAUUUCUUCCUCCAUUGAUUUCUGAUAUUCUCUGCAAUGCUUCCCUGCUCUGGUUCCUGAUUUCUUCACACAAGUUCUGCCCUCUCCCUUUACCUGUCCCAAUUUUUUGUAAAUCGGGUAAACAAACACCUCUCCAGAGCUGUGGUGCACCCAUUGUUUUGGGCUUACUGAGUCUCAGAUAGACCCCUGAGGUCAAAUUUGUCCCCUUGCAUUAAGACCUGUUGUUGCCCUGUUUGUGGCCUAAACUGUGGGCAUUUGUAUAUAGAUACUUGAGGUUACAAGUUUUACUCCUGGAUCCUUCCUUGAGUUUUUUUUCCUCUGAAUUUCUUCGUGUCUGAAGCAGUUAUUCUUCCUCCUUUCAGGCUAUAGCACAGGCAGCUUUCUCUCUCUGCUACCCCGAUCUAUAAAUGUGUGUGUAUGUGUCUAUAACCAGAUGUUGGAGAAGCUCUCUGGUGGCUAACAGGAGUUCCCCUGGGCUUGUUCUCUUGAGCCUCUGCAGGGCCAUAAUUCCAUUGCUGAAAGCUAAGGCCCUCACCUUUCCUAAGAGGUUGGGGAAGAGCCUGACAGGUGAUGACAUCGCGUGGCCCAUGAGAAGUGAGGCGGGCUGUACCCCAAACUCCUGCAGCCCCAGCGACCUGUCAGCUUCUACUGUGUGCAGCAUGCUGAAAUACCCCACCAGGAAAAAGGGCAGAGAUGCCAAGGGGGCGUCACCAGUCUGCAGAGUGGUCACGAGGGCCCUCGGUCAUGGGAGCAUCUGGAGACCAAGCCUGGCAGAAGCCGCCAAGAUCAGUUGCCAUGGAAUGAGGCCAGCCCCAAGGCCCAGAGGAGUGUCUGGGGAGAGCCUCUCCUUACUGAACUGGCAUGUCCAAGACAGGGACUUUAUUCCCAGCCCAAGAACAGGAUGACUUUACCCAGUGCUUAUCUUUCUCUAUAAAGCUUAUUAUCUCCCCUUUAAAAUCAUUAUUAAGAUCCAGCUCUGGUUAACUUUCGCAUUAAUGGCCUGUAUGUAUGUAUUUCAUUUGCUGAAAAGCAGGUGGGAGGGAAGGAGGAAGUGAAUGGCCAGCUUGAAGGAGGACUGUGGGAGCUGCUCACCUCCUGGUGGCUGAGAUCAGAAAGUCCUCAGAGGGACGGGUCUGAUCCUGAACCUACCAGCCAAAAGCUCAAGAUGAACAAAAAGAUUUGACUGAGGCAGGUAAUCUGGUUGUCGGGGAAAUCUGGGACGAACCCCUCAGAGUUAAGGGUGGGGGCCAGGAAGGGGGAGCAACUCAUUUUCCUAAAUGAUCACUCUCCAAACGAUACACGACUCGAAGCAUAACACCAGCAGAUGUUAGAAGGGAGCACUUACCUGGGCAUUUAAAAAAAAACUUUUCAACUAUUUCCCUAAUUUGGGAAUCUUAAAUGUUAUUUUAAUCUUUUCUCCCUGCUGUUCUUGAGAUGAAUUUUGCAGCACUGCUACUAUAAACAUUGAUGAGAUCUUUGCUAUGAUCUUUUUUCCCUUUUUAAAUAAUUUUUACUGUUCCUGUUUUAUUUGGAUGCUUUAAUUUUGGAGUUUAAUAAACUUUUUUUUUUCAAGAAUG